AUUCCACGGUUCUUAAUGUCAUCCUGCCCCGGAGCCGGGGUCAGAGGGACAGAGGACCGAUGCCCACACUGCCCCUGCGUCGAUAAUUGCCAUGUCUGCCCAGCACGAAGCAAUUCCCCUGGACCGUAAACCCACGGUCCAGAAACAUUCCCCACAGACUCCCGAGGAGACCAGCGUGGGCGAUAUCGACGAGCUGGUGCUCGACCCCGCCAAGGAGAAGAAGCUCCUCCUGAAGCUGGACUUGGCCUUCGUGCCCAUCAUCAUGCUUACCUAUCUGUCCUGUUUCCUCGACCGAAGUAACAUAGGUAGGACGCCUCCGACCGCAAGAGAAUUCCCAGCGCUGACGGGGCCAGGCAAUGUCAAGGUGGCCGGGAUGCCCGAGGACAUUGGCGCCUCGACCAACGAGUUCUCCAUCGCCGUGUCCAUCUUCUACGCGACCUAUGUCCUGCUUGAAUCUCCGUGGGCGGUGGCGAUGAAGACGCUGACGCCCCGCAACAUCCUCACUGGCCUGUGCAUCAUCUGGUCCAUCACCACCGUUUUCACCGGCUUCAUCCGCAACGUUGCCGCCCUCUACGCCACGCGGCUGAUCCUUGGCGGCUGCGAAGCCGGGCUUUUCCCCUGCCUGAAUCUGUACCUCACGAUGGUAUACCGGCGGGAAGAGCAGGCCAAGCGGGUCUCCUACCUGAUGAGCUGUGCGGCCAUUUCAGGCGCUGUUGGGGGGCUGCUGGCUUACGCCCUGCUGCAGAUGGACGGAGUCGCGGGGAAAGCCGGCUGGAGAUGGGUCUACAUCAUCGAAGGACUCUUCAGCCUCGUCUGCGCGCUCCUCAUCUGGUUCGGCCUCCCCAACGACCCGACGACCGCCUACUUCCUCACGGCGGAAGAACGGGAGAUGAUGCGCGUGCGCCAGGCGCAGCGGCAGAAAUACAUGGGCAGCGACCGGUUCAGCUGGGAGGAGAUGCGGCUGGCGCUGCGCGACCCGAAGCUGAUCUUCAGUGCGGUCACGCAGUUCUGCCAGGACAUCCUCCUGUACGGGUUCAGCACCUUCCUGCCGACCAUCCUGGAGAGUCUGGGGUACAACUCGCUGAUGAGCAAUGUGCUGACCGUGCCGGUGUACCUGUGGGCCGCCGCGGUCUCGGUUGUGGUGGCGUAUUGCGCGGAUCGGUAUUCGAAGUUUGCAGCUUUUAUUGUCGGAACCAAUAUCUUCGGCAUCAUCGGCUACAUCCUUCUGCUGGCCGUCUCUUCUGAUGCGGUCAAGUACUUUGCGACUUUCCUCUGCGGAGUGGCGGUGUACACCGGGGUGGGGCUGAACGUGGCGUGGCUGAACGUCAACGUCGCGCCGCAGUACCGGCGGGCGUUGGCGAUCGGGCUGCAGCAGACGGUGGGCAACUGCGCGGGCAUUGUGGCGGGCCAGGUGUACCGGUCGUCGCCGUAUGUGCUGGGCAACGGGUUCUCGCUGGGGGCGUUGGUGGUGGCGCAGGGGGUGGUGACGCUGCAUGGGCUGUACCUGCGGCGGGAGAACCGCGUCAAGGCGGCGAUUGUGGAGGGAAAGCUGGAGGACAGACGGCGGGUGCAGACGGGAGAUGGAGUGUUGGACUUUAGGUAUCUUUAUUAGCUGCGUGCUUCAUAAGAGUCAUUGUCGUCAUCAUGUACUGUCGACUCUCGACUUCCCUGGUGUAUCAAUCUGGAUAAUGAAAGAUUGUGGAGAAAGCACCGAGGGGAGGGGAGGAGGAGGAGGAGAGAAGAUAAGGUUAUGUUAUGCGGAAUAAACCCCCAAUCCAGCCACUGCAGCCAGCCUUACCA